AUUAGCAGUAGCUAUUUAACUUCUUUCUGUGAUGGUGAGCUAGACAACCAUUUUUCAGCUGAAGGAAGGUGCGUGGCAGCAUUUUCUUGGCUGCCUCACCUGACCUACCUGUUGAGGUUAGGAAGAGAGAUGCUGCUUCAGAACUGAAACUUCAGUUCUGAGAAGAACUCCCCCAAGGUUGGUAUCUCUGAAAACAAGAUCUCAAAACAAAGAUCCGUUUAUAUGCUUACAUAUUGCUUACCAGAGAAGGCUUUGGUCAGAGCAUUUCUCAGGUCUUUAUAACCUAUGGGAGCUGUGUCGCAAACGCCUUUUCUCACAUUGCACCCAUUAAAGACAGAUGCUUUGUGAUUAUUAACGACUUAUAGUUAACAUUAUGGGGACAUUCAGAAGUGUAGUCUAUUUUUAGUUUAUUUCAGUCUAUUUUUUAUGUUGGCUUCUGACUUAAGGCAGCAGAAUCGUCCCGUGUAGAGAAAGAACUUCCCUCUUGCAGGGUGCUUCCUUGGGUUAUUUCACAGCACCUCAGAUACCUCAAUUUGCAUGUUUUUCUGGGAAUUUCACAUGACAACCAGUCCAAGGCCAUCUGCAGGGGUGAGAAUAUUUCCUUCCUCCUUCAUUUCUUAUGGGAUGAUAAUGGCCCAAGUUAUUUUUAUGACUGCUGCAAAGUUAAUGAUUGCUUCUAGUAAAAUCAGAUUCAACACCUACCAUUUAGGAAGAAACUAACAUCGAGAAACUGGAUUGUGGUCAUCCUAACUCGGGUUUCACUCACGUGUGGCUGCAAUGGGAUCUUUAUUUAAACAAAAGUUUGGGGAGUUUCCGUUUUCUGACUGACUUUCGGACAUUCGCUCCCCUGAAGCAACAGUUGAGAGCUACGACCCAGAGAGACAAAACAACAAGCAGAAAGCACAGCACCCAGAACAGCGGCUCUGUAAGCAGCGCGGCGGGGCCGCCCGGGGGCGGUGGGCCGGCUGCCGGCUGGGCGCUCUGGGGCCCGGCCGCCAGAAGGGGAGGCGCUGGGCCGCAGCUCGGAGGCCGCCGUCCCCGCCGCCCCCCUCGCCAUGCCCUCGCAGCGCGGCUCGGCGCGGAGGCGGCAGCGGGGCGUGCUGCUGGCCGGCAUCGCUAUCCUGCUGCUCGCCCUCGUCCUGGCCGCCGUGCUGGCCUCCGCCCUCACGCGGGGCAAGAAGGAGGAGAGCCUGGAGCCGCUGAGGUGGCAGGGCAGGGGGACCACCAGGAACCUGCGGGAGAUCGUCCUGGGGAGAUGCUACGGCUACCUCGCCGAGAGGCGCGCGGAGCUGGGAGAUAAGGAUUGCCUUAAAAUAUGGGAAUCAUUAAAAGAUGCAUUCAUUCACAAGAAUCCCUGUAAUGCUACAACAGAAGAUUAUCAGCCUUUAAUGAAGUUGGCAAGUCAUCCCAUACCCUGCAACAAGGAAAAUUUCCUGACCAGUUUGAGUAUAAUUUAUUGCACACUGUACCUUAUUUCGCAGUCACUGUUUUGGAGCAAGACGAAUGACCUCGUUCAUCUUUAUACAAAAUCCAGUCGCCGUUUCCUUACCUUGGAGGACACGUUCCUCGGUUACAUGUUUGAUGGGAUUUCAUGGUGCGGAGACCCCUCAGCCCCAGGAAUCAACUAUGAAUCUUGUCCAAAAUGGAGUGAAUGCGAGGGCAAUCCUGGCUCUGUAUUUUGGAAAAUGGCAUCCAAGAUGUUUGCAGAAGCAGCAUGUGGUGUGGUUCAGGUGAUGCUCAACGGAUCAAUAGAAACGGGAGCUUUCAGAAGCAGCAGCAUUUUUGGAAGUGUUGAGAUCCUUAACUUAAAUCCAGAUAAAGUUUCUGAAGUACAGAUUUGGCUUAUGCAUGACAUCGGUGGACCCCAAAGUGAGUCCUGCUCAGGCUAUUCCAUAAAGAAGCUAAAAAACAUCUUAGAAGAGCGAAACUUUAAGAUCACCUGUGAAGACAAUUACAGGCCAGUCCAGCUCCUUCAGUGCGUACAUAAUCCUGACCACCCAGACUGCAGUCUUUGCACCAACAGCACGGAAGCUCCAUGAAACAAAGUGCUCCACGCUAUUUAAGACUUUAUUUGUGUGUAAAACUGGAAAGGACAUGGCUACGUAGCUUAGAGUGAUAAAUAGCACCAUGGUUGUACAGAGCCAAUAACCAGGAAUCCUUGCUGUGAUACUAACAGCCAAGUCACAGGAGGUGGUAUUUUAGCUGCGAUUUCUGUACGCACAUGAGCAUACAAGCAUGCUGUUUCAGAAGGGCCGAAGGCAUGUUCUGCGAUUGAGGACUGAAGACUUGUUCUGGUUUGUUCCCUCAUAUGCAGCUACUGUUGUGCACAGAGCAUCAGGGCAGGGGCUCCCUUGGGCAUGCACAAAGAAAGUUGCCAAUGGAGACACAGCUUGCCCAGAUCUAUGAACUGUAUGCUGCUUUGGAAGAGCUGGAGGGAAAAUGCUUGGAGCACAGGGAGUAUCCCCGAGCAGGGAAUAUUGCCCAGUGGCACAUGUUACAGACACCCAUGAUUUGUACAGGGUAGAGGAGUCAGUGAGGAAGACCUGAGGUUUCUCCCCCUGUAGCUGUAUCUGAAGGUUGGAGGUUUUGUUUACUGGGCGAUGCCCUUAAGUCAGGCAGAGCCAGGCAAGGCUCUGACCCUUUCUCCCAGGGACUGUGGCACCUCUGGGCAGGCAGAGCAAGUAACAGAAGCGGUAGAGCAAUUCUUACCUUCUAGUGGGUAAGCUAGUGAGGAAAUAGCAGAGCUGAACCAAGAAGAGACCAGAAACUGUUGAGAGCAUUGCCAGCAUCUGCAAGAGUGCAUCUGGUGGGUAGCUGGGAAGAGAAAAUAGCAGGACUGACUCAAGCAUUCCUGUUAAAAUCCUAGUGGAAACAUAGAUGUGGCUCAGACUGCAUUUUAUUCUUAAUAUAGCAAUAAGUGUAAUCUUUCCAGCUUCCACAAAUGGCCUGUCAGGGCGGAGCUUGGCCAUCCACUGGAACAGAGACAAACAUCCAGAGGCUGUCACAGUGAGGAGCCCCUCCUGACCCUAGCUGUGGAGGUGAGGUGAUGCCUUGCGGUGUGUGACUCACAAACAGGAGGCAGAAGGUUGCGGUGCCAUGUAUUUUAGUGACCAUGCAAGCUGGUGUAACUUCAAGCAUCUCCAGAUAGACCUUUGCUCUGUAAUACGGGGUCGUGUACUGGGUAUAGCUUGACCACACCCAAGACCUCACCCAUAACGUUUACAUGAAUUAAAUAGGUUUUUUUAUGUGCAGUCUGUAAUGUAAUGAUUAGAUGCAUUGACUCAGGUGCAUAUUAAUACUUUUGAAUAGGUUAUUUCUGACUAUAAGUAAAGAAUCUGUCUUUGUGCUCACUUUUGUACCUUUUCUGGUGUAAUAAUAAAAUGUUGACUGUCAAA